UCGCCGCGCACGGGAUGGAGCUGGUCCCGGAGGCCUCGCCGGGAGUCCAAGCCGGGGCCAAUUUCCCGCAGGAACCCAAGGGAAGCCAAGUCCAGGGACUGGAGGAGCCUCGGGUCCCCGCGGGGGAGCCGCAGGCUGACGGCCCGGGAAGCCACCAGGAGCCGGCCGGGGCGGGCCAGGACCUCGCCGAGGACAAGUUGCCGCCGCCGCCUCGCCCCGGGCCCCUGCGGGCGCAGCCGCUCAGCCUGGGCUACGGCGCCUUCCGCCAUCUCGGGUCCACCAGCCGCGAGCCGCCGUCGCCGGGCCCCAUGUCGGCCGAGCAGCCCCGGGAUGGCGAGGGGCCCGGGGCCGAGCUGCUGCCCUUGGCCGCCCUGGGCUGCGAGCAGGCAGCGGGCACCUGGGCGCCGGUGGAGCUGCAGGUGGACGUGCGCGUGAAGCCGGUGGGCGCGCCGGGAGGCAGCCCCUCGCCCGCGCCCUCCACGCGCUUCCUCACCGUGCCGGUGCCGGAGUCCCCCGCCUUCUCCCGCCACGCCUCCCCGGCGCACCCCCUCCUGCAGCGGGCCGCGUCCCCGAGCGCCGCGCGGGGCCGGGCCUCGCCGCUGGCCGCCGCCGCCCCGACGGAGCGCGAUCGCACCGGCGCCGAGAGCCCGGCCACCCCCGCCGAGGAGAGGCCUCCCGGGGCUCUCGCGUGCGGAUGCCGGGAGCCGGGGCUGGAAAAGGAGGACGCCUGGUUGCGGGGUGCCGGGAUGGAUGGCCAGGAGCUGCCGCGGGCCAUCAAGCUCAUAGGGCUGCCCAUGUACAUAAAGUCUUUACGAUGGUCCCUGGUGGUCCUGGCUGUGUUUCUGGCUGUCUGCACCAUCACCAUCGUGGUCUUGGCCUCCAGAGCAGGAGCUGUGUGCCAGCCAUGCCCUCAAGGCUGGAUGUGGUCUGAGGAGCGCUGUUACUACCUCUCUGCAGAAGCACAGGACUGGAAGGCCAGCCAGGCCUUCUGCAUGGCUCACAACGCUACCCUGCCUCUGUUCAGCCACACCCAGGAUUUGCUAAGCCGAUACCCAGUCACCAAACGCUCCUGGGUGGGGGCCCAGAGAGGCCCACAGGGCUGGCACUGGAUCGAUGGCGUCCCCUUGCUGCCCCAGCCGCUCCCAAAGGAAGACCUGGAGAACCCGGAUCUCAGCUGCGGGGGCCUGGAGGAAGGCAGGCUCGUGGCUCUCAACUGCAGCUCCCUCAGACCCUGGGUCUGUGUCCAGGGGAAGCAGUGAUCUGGUUUCUGCCUGUGCUCAGCCUGUUGGAAGCUGAAGUAAGAGCUUGGAAACUUCUUCCCCAGACCUGGAAUCCCGGCUGUGCCUGGCCCAGCCUGGGCAGCUGGAUUUGGGGGCUUGACAGCCGUAGGCCAGGGGCAGAUUGUUCUGUAUCCUCAAAUCUCAGUGCCACAUGUUAGUUUCCAGCUUCUGACACCAGUCUAUUCUAUGACUUGAGGAUCUUAUUUAGCACUGCUA